AUGGCAACCCCGACAACCUCUAUAAACGUUAAUGAUCCUGGCUUGAUUUCACUUGUGAACAAGCUCCAAGAUGUCUUCUCAACUGUUGGAGUUCACAACCCCAUCGACUUGCCCCAAAUUGUCGUGGUAGGCUCGCAAUCCAGUGGCAAGAGUUCCGUUUUGGAAAACAUCGUUGGGAGAGAUUUCCUCCCUCGUGGUUCGGGAAUCGUGACUCGGAGACCCCUUGUCCUACAGCUCAUCAACAAGCCUUCGAGAAAAUCGUUAACAAACGGAGCCAAGGAAGAGAAGCUGGAAACUACGGAUAGCGAGGCGAACGUCGACGAAUACGGCGAGUUCCUCCACAUUCCCGGGCAGAAGUUCUACGAUUUCAACAAGAUUCGCGAGGAGAUUGUGCGGGAAACUGAACAGAAAGUCGGUCGCAAUGCCGGUAUCUCGCCAGCGCCCAUCAACCUGCGCAUCUACUCCCCCCACGUUCUGACCCUCACACUCGUCGAUUUGCCGGGUCUGACCAAGGUUCCGGUCGGCGACCAGCCCAAGGACAUUGAGCGCCAGAUUCGGGAAAUGGUUCUGAAGUACAUCAGCAAGCCCAACGCUAUCAUCCUUGCGGUAACGUCGGCUAAUCAGGAUCUCGCCAACUCGGACGGUCUGAAGCUGGCGCGUGAGGUGGAUCCCGAGGGCCAGCGCACCAUCGGCGUGUUGACCAAGGUUGAUCUGAUGGACGAGGGCACCGAUGUAGUGGAUAUUCUUGCAGGCAGGAUCAUUCCCUUGCGUCUGGGCUACGUUCCGGUGGUCAACCGCGGUCAGCGCGAUAUUGAGAAUAAGCGUCCCAUUUCAUACGCCCUGGAGAAUGAGAAGAAUUUCUUCGAGAACCACAAGGCUUAUCGGAAUAAGGCUUCGUACUGUGGAACACCAUACCUGGCUAGGAAGCUGAAUCUGAUUCUUAUGAUGCACAUCAAGCAGACUUUGCCUGACAUCAAAGCGAGAAUCUCCGCCUCCCUUCAGAAAUACUCGGCCGAACUUUCCCAGCUUGGUGACUCGAUGCUCGGAAACAGCGCCAACAUCAUCCUGAACAUCAUCACUGAAUUCAGCAACGAGUACCGCACGGUUUUGGAGGGUAACAACCAGGAACUCUCUAGCAUCGAGCUUUCGGGUGGUGCCCGUAUCAGCUUUGUCUUCCACGAGCUUUAUUCCAAUGGUAUCAAGGCGGUGGAUCCCUUCGAUCAGGUGAAAGAUAUCGACAUCCGAACGAUUCUCUACAACUCGUCCGGCUCGUCUCCUGCGCUGUUCGUCGGAACGACAGCUUUCGAGCUGAUUGUCAAGCAGCAGAUUAAGCGACUGGAGGAUCCGAGCUUGAAGUGUAUCUCGCUGGUUUACGACGAACUUGUACGCAUUCUUGGUCAACUGCUGAACAAGCAACUCUUCCGGAGGUAUCCCAUGCUCAAGGAGAAAUUCCAUGCUGUCGUUAUCAGCUUCUUCAAGAAGUGCAUGGACCCGACCAACAAACUUGUCCAUGACCUUAUCUCCAUGGAGGCCUGCUAUAUCAACACUGGACAUCCAGACUUCCUCAACGGUCAUCGUGCUAUGGCUAUUAUCAACGACCGCCAGCAGGCUAGCAAGCCGACCCAGGUGGAUCCGAAGACAGGGAAGCCUUUGCCGCCUCGUGCCAACAGUCCAUCUAUCGAUUUGACUCCGGCGGAAGGCAAUGGAUCUGGAUUCUUCGGCAGCUUCUGGGCCUCGAAGAACAAGAAGAAGAUGGCUGCCAUGGAGCCCCCACCACCUACUCUCAAGGCGUCUGCCACUCUUUCCGAGCGCGAGGUUACCGAGGUCGAGGUUAUCAAGCUGUUGAUCACCUCCUACUUCAACAUCGUCAAGCGUACCAUGAUCGACAUGGUCCCUAAAGCUAUCAUGUAUACUCUUGUCCAGUUUACCAAGGAUGAGAUGCAGCGUGAGCUCCUCGAGCAGAUGUACCGCAAUUCCGAACUGGACGACCUGCUGAAGGAAAGCGAUUAUACCAUCCGUCGCCGGAAGGAAUGCCAGCAAAUGGUGGAGAGCCUGAGCCGUGCCAGCGAGAUUGUCAGCCAGGUUCAGUAA